GACGUUGACGACAUAGGUAUUCAUUAUUUUUUCUUUUAUUGUGUACCUAUGUUUCGAUAAUUCUCACUAAAAUAAGUCUAUAGUAUUUCGCUUCAUAUAAUUAUUUCUUAAAUAAUGUUUAAUAAUAAAUACACUAACUUCGUAAAGUCUUCCCAAAAUGAGGUUAAAGAAAUCUAUCCGAAACCAAAUCUGUCUGGUGAAGAAGUCAGGAGAAUUUACUUAGAGGAAGUUCAAGAAGCCAAGGUUCCUACAGCGCCUGCCAAUAUUGAUGACCAAUCACUGCCGUUCACACGAACAAGAAGUCGGAAACGUAAAGGAGAACAAGUGAACAUAACUGACAAAGAUUUGUUCAUAACAGUGCAGUGUAAUGAUGUUCACAAACUAAUAGAUAUGUUAGAUAGCUGUCCAGAUAAGAUAAACGUUCGAGACGAAUACGGAUGGAGUUUACUUAUGAUAGCAUGCCAAGCUAAUUCAGUGGAAACUGUAAAAGAGCUCUUGAAUCGAAAUAUUGACACAUCAGUCAGAGAUAAAGCAGGAAAUUCAGCACAUAGUUUAGUUAUUAAGAAUAAAAAUAUUAUAUUAGCUGAUUUGUUAUUAAGCUGCAAUAAAAGAACUGAAACUCUGAGUAUAAAAGAUGAAGAAAUUAAAUUGAAAAAAGACUAUGUUUGUGAAAUAUGUAGCAAUAAAAAGUUUGCAGAUAAAGUGGAACAUUUGUCAUCUACAUUACAUAAUAUUAAUGCAUCUAAAGGCAAAAAAAUACCAACUAGCUAUGUCAUUCCUCAAACAAAUAAAGGUUAUCAAAUGAUGCUCAGAGUGGGGUGGGAUAAGGAUUCUGGAUUGGGACCAGAUGGUUCUGGCAAAAAGUAUCCUAUCCGAACUCUACAAAAGAAGGAUAGAAAAGGAUUGGGAAAUCAUAAAAGUAAACAAUCAGUUACUAUACCUCAACAAAGUUGCCAAAAUAAAUCGAAUGACUUUCAUAGGAACAGAAACUUGGAGAUCCGUUUUAGACGAGAAUUUUACUGAAUAAAUUUCUUUUAAUCAUUUAA